AGAUUUUUACGAUUUUUGUCGAUGAAUGCCGGCAAUGGCUUCAAAUGCAAACUUGUAUCAAAUCAGUGAUUAUGUGUAUUUUGAAAGCUCGCCAUCGGCGCCUUUCGCUAUCCGGCGCAUCGAAGAACUGAACAAAUCGGCUAACGGAAGUGUCGAAGCGAAGGUCUUAUGCUUCUUCCGGCGUCGAGAUAUACCUCCGCCAUUGCUGAUCCUCGCUGAUAAGCAUGAUACAGGUAUUGUUGCAAAACCUGUUGAUGAAAAUGGCGAAGAGGAAAAGGCAUCUGUAGUGAGUGAAGAUGAUGAUGGAUUGACGGUGGAACAGCGUCAUCAUGUCAAGCAUCGCGAACUUUUCUUGUCACGUCAAGUGGAAACGCUUCCAGCGAGUCAAAUCCGGGGGAAAUGCUACGUCACGUUACUGAAUGAAACUGAAUCUUAUGCUUCGUACCUGAACAAAGAGGACACAUUUUUCUACUCUCUGGUGUACGAUCCUCAGCAGAAGACAUUGUUAGCUGAUAGAGGAGAAAUUCGCGUUGGACUGAAAUAUCAGGCAGAUCCUGUCACUCUCAGUGUUAAACCUAACGGAGUUUCAGAAAAAAAUUCUGAAAAUUUAGAAGAAUUGUUGUGGGACCCGGAGAAUCAUCUGUGCAAAGAAGAAAUCGAGGAGUUUUUGGUUUUAGCGAAGUCUGUAGGGACAUUCGCUAGAGCUGUGGAUUCUAGCGGAACCGUAAAAACUGGGACCCUUCAAGCAGGUGCCGCAGCUGCCUGCAGAGACGCCACGUCAUUGUACGCAAUGAAGUUACUACACAAGUGUAAUUAUGACUGGGCGAAAAGUGUUCGAGCGCUCGUUCCUUCUGGAAGCCCUGUGCUCUGUCGUGACGAAAUGGAAGACUGGUCCGGAGCGGAAGCUGCGUUGUUUGAAGAAGCUAUGGACAAAUAUGGGAAGGAUUUCCACGAUAUUCGAUCCGAUUUCUUGCCCUGGAAAUCGAUGAAAAGUCUGGUAGAGUUUUACUAUCUGUGGAAAACGACGGACAGAUAUGUUGCACAAUCAAAGGCGAAGGCAUUGGAGGCUGAUGCAAAAUUGAAGCAGGUAUAUGUUCCAAGUUACAACAAGCAAAGCCAAGCAGCAAUCUCGAAUGAUCUCUCAACGACCAAAGUUUUGAAUGGGGAUGGAAGCGCUAUUAGUGGUGGUCAUCCCUGUGCUUCAUGUGCAACGUGUUUCUCGCAUCAGUGGUAUACUUAUGGCGGUUCUCAACGAUUAUGCAGUAGUUGUUGGCAGUAUUGGAAGAAAUUUGGUGGAUUACCGAACCCGAAGGCCGUGUCCAACAACACCGUCAAGGACGAACCUGACGUGUCAAUGACGAUCGUGGUCGACCAGAAUUACCCCCCUAGGCCCGAACCCAAGCCCCUGCUUGCUCCUCGCAGUUCAUCCGCGUCUGAUUCCAAAAGCAACUCCAAUUUCCGAAGCAGAGCCACGAAUGGUCUCGAAGCUCUUCCAAUGAUAACAACUCUUUCAAGCGGGAGAUCCAUGAUGAAAACUCGAAUCGCGUUCGUGUUGCAAGCUAAUCAAGCUACGAAACUGUCGCGGUACUUCUGCAAGGAUUUGAUUUCCCCGCGUCGGCUCGCGAGGUGUCCUUUGCGGAAUGUUAGCUUAACUAGUGUCAAGGCCUCGUUGGUGUCUAAAUUGGCGAGGAAAGAUGCGAAGAAGAUGGAUGCUGCGUUGAGAACGCUGAAGACUGCUCCGAGGCCCAAUUUGAAUACCAUUGCGAUGGGCUUGGGGCAAGUGGUCACUUUGAUUCCUGCCAUCUUGGCACCCAUUGACAAAAGCAGCCAAGGGACGGGUUUCGUCGCGUUUCCCAAGCCCGAGAAACGCAAAGACGGCUCUUUAAUUUAUGACGAAGUUCCGAGUCGAACGUCUCGUCCCUCCACACCCCAGAUGUCGAGCGGUUUAUUCGACGCCAGCUCGAGGGGAACCAAGAGAAAAGCAGGCGCUUACGAGCAACCCCUGAUGGGAGCGGACUAUUCUUCCAAAAGGCUGGCUCCGGUUCCCGCGGUGCCCGGAACUGGAUUGACUCUUCAAAAGGGGAGUUCAAAGCUUCAAAACUUCGCCGUCACGUCGCUGAUCGCGCCGCAGAUGGGGAUAGCCGCCGGAUUGGCUCAGAUGCAACAGCAAGUUUUGCAAAGAACAGUCGGCAGACUCAAUACUUCAUCUGCAAUCCCUUCCCCGGUCCCGGAACGCCAAAAAUCGUCGCACAAGAAUCAAACGCCUUUGAGCUACACUCCCGGAAGACGUGGUUUAAUGUCCUGGGUUGAUGCCCCAGACGAUGUGUACUUUAAGGCCACUGGGGCGACGAAAUCCUUGCGGAAACAGGUUGACAUUGUGGCUGUACGAAGAGCCGCGAGAAGGCCAUGGAGGAUAGUGAAAUGAUCUGUAAAACUGUUGAGUGUUUCGUGUGGGGGUGGGAGGGUGUUGAAGCGUGUCGCUGCGUAUUCCCUAUGUUCUCGGAGAAAUGUUCAAAACCUUUUUAUUUUUUGAGUGAUUCCGUUGUUUUCUUAAUUCCAGGACUGUGGAUUUUUUCCCUUUUUCCUGCGACUGUCAUGAUUUGUAAAAGAUUGAAGAAAAUGGAGGGGGGUCGAGUUAAAAGGUUUGCGUGUAGUGGAUUCUUUUUUUUUUUUGAAGACCCACGCUGGUCUGGAUAUUUUUGGUCUCAUCGUUUUUGCAUUAAGGGAGCGUGGACUUCAUAGUGAUUGUUAAUGUUCGAAAUUUUUGUAAGACGGCGACGAAUUGCGGUCGUUAAAAAAAGAAAUCGAGUUUCAUUAAUCGUAAUCGUUGCUCUUGAUUCUGAAAGAAAAGGCCGGGUUUGAAUUUUUGAAGCCAUUACAAUAGUCCAUUUCCAAACUUUUUGACGGCGAGAUCCUGAUACAUUUCAGUGGAAGAAUUUCAAACCUUUGAAGUUUCAGGAACAUUUUUUUUCCGGUGAUCCUCCUUCCAUCUAUGCUGUGAUGGCCUGAAUUACAAUUCCUUUAUGAUUUUUUUAUUGUCGCGAUUAAGGCAAAUGUCAUGCUUUUCGUUGAUUUUGUUCAAAAUUGCGUUCCGAGAUGACGCCGUUACUUCCACUGGUUGUAAAUUGAUUGUAUUCGACUUAUUUAAAAUGUCAACGCAUCUUUUUGUGUGGAAAAAAGUGAAGCGCGACAAGACA